CAAGCAUCAUUUCUGGGAAUUUUACUAAAUCAAUACCGAGAUUAUUAUAGGAUGUGAAAAAGGCUAUCCACCAUUUCACAGUUGAAAGUUAUCAUAAGUGAAGUUUAGUUUAAAUAGAAUCGCCUUAGCCUUGGAUUGCAGUUCAAUCGGUGCAUUGUGGCGAUGACCUGAAAUGGAAUCAAGUGCUGUUACAGCGGUAACCCCAGUAUUUGAAAAUAAACUGCAGAAGAAAGUAUACCAGAACUGGCUCAAGGUCGGCCUUGCUCUGGGUAUUACAUGCAAAGGAAUCCGUCCUUACAUCGACAGAGAGAUACAGAAAUACCACGGCUUUUUGUUGACCAAGCUUGCUGCCGCUCCUGCCUGCCCUUGCCACCCUGCUGUUCGCGGCGGUCACGUGAAAACUUGCCUGUGGGCUCGUGAGCUUGCCAGUCACCAUCUUAGAGGCAAGCCAACAUGGCAACAGAGUGACUCCACUAAAUGGAAGGACCCAAACCUUGGGCCAUGGGAAGUAGCCAAGCUGUAUAUGCCAUCACUGGGUGGGCGUGUCGCUGCGUGUGUCGAUGCAGCAACUACAGACCCAACAGGACUGUUAAACGUCCUCUACUGGUGCGACUUCUUUAAGGCCCAGAAAGCUGUCGUUGAUGCAGUUCGGGAAACUCGAAAUGUUUGGGGACAUGCUGCAGAACAGGAAUUACUGGAGCAUGAAGCGAAUGAUGCCAUCAGCUCCUUUAAAAAUUUGCUAAAAGACCCUGAACUUUUGCUUGAUCCCAAUGCCGAGGAUGCUCUGAAGAAAAUUAAAGAUCUGGAAAAUCGUGAUAUGAUAAGCUUCGAUGAGCUUGAUUUAAAAGUGAUUAAGGAUCUGGUCAGCUCAUUUAAGGAGGAUAUUGUAGCGAAGCUGGAUGAAUUGAGUGAGACUCGCUCUGAAGAAGAUUUACAACUUCUAACUAAAAUCAUUGAGUUGAAUAACACUAUUGAACAGUUGAGGAGUAACUUUCCAGCCACACACGAUACCCAAGAACACCGUAUUUACUAUUACCCUAUCAUGUCUGCGGCGCUCUUUUUGGUUGCUCGUACUAUAGCAUUAUUCUUCUAUAGCAAACCUUCCAAGCAUCUACUCAUCAUCUUUUUCCUGGCCGUUGUUUUAGUUGUUACAUUGGAUAAGGGCGAUUCAGACAGAGGAUGCGAUGCAAUAGCCUCAUUUCACGGCAGUGUAAAUCCGAAGGAGUUUGACUUUACUGAUUACCUUGUCUCAAAGAAUGAAGGUUUCCUUGGUCGUCGGUGGCUUCUGGAGAAAGUGUCCAAUGCUUCCAAAGGAAAAGGCAACAAAGGUAUCAUCAUCACUGGAGAUCCUGGGUCAGGAAAAACUUCGUUUAUUGCAAAUGUUAUUUGUUCUCAAUUCUCGAGCUAUUCGAUGAAUAUCAGAGUCCUCGGUUACCAUAUGUGCAUCAGCUCGUACCGCAGUACAAAGGAGCCAGCUAAAUUUGUACGCAGCGUAGCGGCAAUGAUCAGUUCUGUAAUAAAGGAAUACUCAUAUAUUACUUUAAAUAAUAUUUACAUACAACAGAAGCUAGAUACUUGCGUUAACGACCCUGUGGAUUGCUUCGACCAAGUUGUACUUUCUCCACUACGCCACAUUUUAGAUCCUCCGUCUAAUCAAAUGUUUCUCGUGGUUGAUGCCCUAGACGAAUGUAUACUCGAAACAGGAAGAAAAAAUGAAAUUGUUGAACUUCUGAGUAAAACGCUUGACCAAUUUCCUUCUUGGGUUAAAGUUCUUUUGACAUCUCAAAAAGUUCCAAGUAUUUUGACUGAGUUUUCUUCUCCGCACGUGUCUCUUGUUGAGAUCGAGCAAGAUAACCCAAACAACUUGUAUGACAUCGAACAGUAUGUGUCGCAUAAGCUAUACGAACAGUCCACAGUAUGGUCUCGCAUGGUGUCGUUUUUAACUGGCAAUACUGACGAGAGAAUCUCCUCUUUGAUAAAGAGGAGCGAAGGAAACUUCCUAUACAUAAAAGUAAUGUUGGAGUACAUGCAAACCGAGAAGCUGCAAGGACCCGAACAGAUCAAUGAUGUACCAAAGUCCGUUCAUAGAAUCUAUAUGAGCUAUCUUAAACGCCACUUCACCGAAGAAGAGUUUGUUCCUGUGCGUAGAAUACUUGAAGUCCUUGUGGCAGCAUACGAACCUCUCCUAACUACAGAUCUAUACCAUGUUAUUCGCGCAAAAAAUCAAAGUUCUGAUUCUAACUAUUACUAUGAUAUUCUAAGGACUUUGGAUAGGUUGUCAAUGUUUUUACAUUUUUCACGACAACGUAAAACAGUGCAAGUCUUUCACAGUUCUCUGUCAGUUUGGCUUACAAGCAACGAAACCUUGGGUGGACCUUUCUAUGUGAACAGAAGUAAUGGUCACCAGUCUCUUGCAGAAUACUUCUUGAGCGUAGUCGAGAAAAAUAGUCAACGAUUUGGAUACCGCCUGGGUUUUUAUCUCGCAAAUCAUAUAUUUGAGGGCGGAACUAUUGCUAAACAUAAAGGGCGUUUCUUAGCGUUACCAUCAGAGCUUCUAAACAGUUCAGAUUCUACAACCAACAUGACUGCAUUGCACUUCGCUGUGAGCACAUCAAACACGGGUGUUAUAGGACUUCUUGCAAAUCAUUUCUCAACUGUAGAUUGUCUGGAUCGUAAUAGUCGAACCCCAGCAUUUAUAGCAGCUUCCACUGGCCAGAAGAAUAUUCUCGCGAUACUCUUUCAAAAAGGUGCUAACUUGUUUCACGUGACAAACUCACUAAGCAAAAAGCACCAACAACGGGCUAAAAAUCCUGUCAAAGACUGCAAAAGGUUGAUGUGCGGAUACUCGUUGCUGCACGCUGCAGCCCAAGGUGGCCAUGUAGAAACUGUCAAGUUCCUGUUGAAUCACAAAUUGAGUAAGGAUGCUGAGUCCGGAGCCGGUAAUACACCUAUGCAGAUAGCUGCUCAAUACGGCCGCGUGUCUGUCAUGGAGGUACUGCACAAACACGGUGCACCAUGCGACGCCCGACCCCUUCGUAGCGCUGCCGCAGGAGGCCAUCUACCUGCGGUCCGGUUCCUUCACCAGGCUGGUGUUUCGGAUGAGUGCGUCCCGUGCAAAUAUUCCAUUUCUCCAAGCUACAUGAAGCAGAGAGUUGGAAAACUUGUCGAUGAUGAGUAUCUCUGGAGAUGUGAGACGGCACUGCAUAUUGCGUCUGCAAUGGAACAACCAGAUAUUGUUAGUUAUAUCUUGCGCAGUAAUGAUACCGCCCUUACAUGCUACGACUACCUAGGAAUGCGUCCACUUCAUAAAGCAGUUGUUUAUAACAGCAUUAAGUCACUUAAAGCCUUCUUAGAAUAUGGUGUGUCCCCGUUAUCAAGGUGUGCUCCGGCCGAGGUGUUAUCUACUUACCCAGAAGAUAAAUACAAAAACAUUGCCGAUUAUUUUGAACCAUGCAUUUGUAGAUACAACGCGCUUCACCUCGCGGCUCGACACGGCCGAGUUAAUAUGAUUGCGACACUUUUGGAAUAUGGAGCUAAAACAGAAGUAUUAGAUGCUUGCGGAUCACAAGCUGUGCAUGUUGCAGCCUGUUACGAUCAGGUCGGUGUCCUGUCCUUAUUGGUGGCUGAAUAUAAAGUUGAUGUAAACAGCAGAGACCUGAUUGGAAAGACUCCAUUCCACUACGCCGUGAAGUGCAAAGCAGCAGGAGCCUUAAAGAGACUGUUCAAACUAGGUGCAAAUAUACAUGCAGAGGAUGAUGAGGGGAACAAAGCUCAUUAUGUGUUUGAGGAUUUACAGGACGCAAUCUUAGUAGACCCUUAUGUGGAAAAUAGGGAAGAUAAAAUCAAACUUUCAAGUGAGAAGAUUGAUGGCAUCAUUAGCAAGGCAUUUCCAAAGCAUUUGAUUUCCUUCUCUAUUAUCAAGCUGUACAUCAAAACAAAGAUUAACAUGUCAGUGAUUCAUCGUGUUUUCGAAGUGACUGAGGUGGAGGAGAAUUUCUAUUUCUCACAAGGAAGAUCGAUGUCCUGUCUGUUGCUAGGAACGAACAAGCCCAUGGAGACAUCGCCGCUUGUUCUUUUUUCCACUACAGCUAUGUUUAUAUUUCAUGUUGACAGCCACAUAUCCGCCCUAAUAAGACGUCGCCUGCUAAACGUACCAGGUCUUGUGCCUUUGGGACGGCGAGCCCCUUCCACGGCUUUGAAUUUGAUGGGUAUACAACUUAACUGCACUUUCCUCGUCUCUGCAGUUAGGAGUAACUACGUAUAUGUCGUUGAGGUACUCUUGAGUGCCGGUAUGGACGUGAACUGUCACGAGGAUAAGACAGGAGACACCCCACUGCUCACCUACCUACGCACUGGCGGGCGCAACAUGGCCAAGGUGUUGACGAAAUAUAAUAUGGAGAUUGACAUCAAGUGUGGGGAGUACUUCGUUGAUUCUGUUCUUCAUUUGUCUCUUUACCAUAAGCUUCAUUACUUGCACUAUUUAGGCCUGGCUUUACCUGAUGAUACGCUUAUAUUGCUUAAUAACAUAUUGUUUGAUUAUUUACUUUUCGACUUCAGAGAAUACAACAAUGGCGUUAAAAAUGCUACGAUCUUGAAUGGGAUUGGGCCUGUACUUAAAGCUAUCAAUGCACACCCUGACGGAGAUCAGGUGAUUAACAAAUGUUUUGACAUUGAAGGUUUUUCGCCAUUCCAGAGAGCAGUGCAGGGCGCAAAUCUUUUAGCCGUGACCCAAUUGGUAAACGCCCAUAAUGCAGACCUAUGGUCUUGCACAGAAGAUGGAAAAAGUCCUUUGCUUCUUUCCGUGUGGUAUGCUAUCAAGUACCGUCCCUACCUGAACUUGCAUGAACCAAGUCUCAUAACAAAUUUGGAAAUCAAGCUUGCGUCUCACACAGCCAAAUUUCUCUUAACAAAAAUGAUUAAAACAAAGCCAGUGCCGAUUGGCUGCAACCGGAGGUCAAAAGAUCUAACUAUUUACCAUGUUGCUGCAUCUCGUUGUAUGUCUGAUUUUGUAAAUUUUUUGUUGACCUUAAGUAAAUUUACAAAGUAUUUGAGAGAUAUCGACCAAGACUGUGUAACACAACAUGGGAUCACACCAUUUUACCUCGCUUCUCUGUAUGCAGGAGAUGUAGGGAACGUUCAAGAACAAUUGUGUUACGUCACCAUGAGAAAUAUUCUCGCUUAUGGAGGAAAACAUGAUGUUUACCCUAGCUAUACAACUGAGUUCUUUUUAUUAUUCAACGCAAUUUUCAAUACAUUCCCAGACGAAAAGCUGCAAAUUCCAGUAAAAUUGAAGCACUUGCGUCAACUUCGAUCAUCUUUUGAAUCAACAGAAUGCUUGAUGCUGCAGUGUCUCGACCUGAAAACUCUGCAAAGGAAUUUACCAACCUUCAUUACUCAGGACGCCUUGGCCUUUUUUAAUGGCUUAAAAAGACUAGACUUAUUCCUUAAAGAUAAGGCUGAGGAUAUCGACUUCAUUCAUAAGCUUAAUGUGCUAGAGUCAGUAGGUCAUUGCGUGAAACGAAAACCGCCAGCACCUGAAAGCACAAAACCUGAAAACCCAAAACCUGAAGACAUAAAAUGCAAAAGAAUGGUUCAAAUUCCUGAUAUGUGUGCACCAGAAUCACAAAUCGUAUUCCAGCAUCUUGCUUUGGAAAGUGACGAAUAUUUUCAGACAUUUUUUGAGAAAUACACAUCUUUUAUGAGGACAUUGAGGAAAGAAGUGCAGUUUGUUGAAGAUAAAGAAGAAUUGAUAAAAUUAAAUAGCACAAUAUUCUGUUUGUGGCGAAGCAAAAUGUUAGCAUUUGUCAAACUAAGAUUUAUGCUGUCGAAUUUAGACUUCUGGCAAAAGCAGAUAAAAAAGAACUUAGUUUUUCCAAGUUUCUCAACGAAUACGCGAUAUCGUUUAAAAAGGAUUCUUAUAGAUGUGACUGAUGAUGAGCUGAUCGACAUCGUAACCAUUUUAAUCAAAGGAGAGGCCUCAAGAAUGUUCAACUAUCUCAGAGCACUACAGUUACCUAAAGCACCACUUUAUAAAGAAACGUUGAAACCGAAAAAAUAGGGCUAGAACGUUCUGACCGCAUACGGUUGUGUUCAAUGCCUUUUUUUAAUAGAAAGUGUGCUUAUAGUCUAUCAUAACACUACAUCACACUACAUUAUAUAAGAGAAAGAAGAGAUUCAAGGUGCGAAUUGUACAAAGCAACCAUUUUGGGCACCUCGUCGUGUCGUUGGCCGAGGUCAUUAUUGUCAAAUACUGUCACUAAACUGUCUACUUAUCGCAGCUACAUAUCUGAAUGUGUAACGACAGCUUUGAGCUCAGGUCGAUCUUCAAAGGCUGUAGAAAAUGUUAAUUUAAAAACUGUACUUGGAUCAGGAAAGCCUUCGAUAUAUAUGAUAUGCAGAUUGCAUUUAGCUUGUUUUGGUAAACUAGUGUUUUAGGAAAGAGAUAGUAUCCGUUUUUGUACUCUGGACACCGCGUCCUAUCAUAUUUAAAUAAAAAAUAAAAGUGGAAUUUGAAA